GCUGACUCUCACACCGGACAGCCAGCACCACGUGACGUCACGAGCGACAAACGAACACGGGCGAUUUUUGUACUUAUUUCGAUUAUUAUUAUUUCUCAAUUGUUUGGCAAAAUUUAUAAAUAAAGCUUUAUGUAAUAAUGAAAAAGUGACGGGGCGGAGUUAGGGGGCGUGUCCCGCCCCGCCCCCCAGCAGGUCCCACGGGUGCUCCUCUGUGUUUGGAAGUAAUUGGACUGUUACGCUUACGGGGCGUCGCCAUGGCAACGGCGUGGAGAACACCCACACACCAGCGACCGGGCGGCUAUAAAAAGGAGUUUCGGGACGCCACAGAAGCACUGUUGUUGUCGUCGAGAACCCCCGCCGCCAUGACGUACGGAAGUAGCGGACGCCGGGCGGAAGCAGCAGCAGCAGCACACGGCCGCCAGGGCGUUACCGGCGGCCGACACAGCGUCAACGGAGCGUUCGCCGAGCUGCGCCGCCUCAUUCCCACGUACCCACCCGACCGGAAGCUGAGCAAGAACGAGACGCUGCGCCUGGCUCUGCGCUACAUCCACUUCCUGGACCGCCUCCUGGAAUAGGGCCGCCCCCUCCUGCAGUGGGCGGAGCUUGGAAGCCCCUCCCCUACCUGGACACUCGCGGUCACGUGACCAGCUUUAAUAUAGUGUGAUAUUCACACGGAUGUCAAUAUGUGGUUCUAUUCAGGAUCUUCCGUAACCAGAUAUGCUUCCUUUCAAAAUAAAAGGAACCCUUGGUGAUGUGA